GAAGUGUUACUAUUUCUCAGAGCUAGAAGCCAACUGGACCGAGAGCCAGAAGAACUGCUCUGCCCUCGGUGCUUCCCUGGCUGGGAUUGAUUUGCAGUGGGAAAUGGAUUUCCUGAGACUCCAUAGAGGAUCCUUAGACUACUGGAUCGGGCUCGACAGAGAACGGGGCCAGACCUGGAAAUGGGCCAAUGGCACCGACUUCAACAACUGGUUUCCGAUCGCAGGAGAAGAACAAUGCGCUUAUCUGAGCGGCAGUGUGGUCGCCAGUUCAAGCUGCGGGAACAUUCAACGCUGGAUCUGCAGCAAACCUGCCCACAAACUAGAAGGCGAAAUGAAGUGACCAUGGCCUGGAUGAAGUGGCCUGGAUGAGCUGGCCAAGUCCUGUCAGCGGGGCUGUGCCAAGCGGCCUCAGCGUGUGCGGCUCUCGAUGUGCUGGCGAAGGGGGCUGCCCCAGCAGCAAGGAAGAGAGACACUCGCUGAGGGACAGCACAGAGCUCCCCGCUGAGAGUCUCUGCCACCGAUCGGCCUGUUUGAGGCUCUGAGACACGCCAGGGAUUUCACAUGGAAGCCACAUCAUGGGAUGUCUCCUCUGGCUCUCUUCCAGCAGCUGCCCCAUCCUGAACUCAGAGAGGGAUGCUGGUCUGGCCAAGGCUGCAGCUCUAGUCUGGAAUUUUCU